UACAGGGACAUUCCCCCGAGGCAAGUCGGGUGAAGUGCCUUGCCCAAGGACACAACAUCAUUCGGCAAGGCUGGGAAUCGAACACAUAACACGGGUCUCCAACCCUGCUCCUUGAGAACUAGCUUCCGGACUCACCUGACCUGAUUCAACACUAGUUACAUGAUCAACCAGAUUUCACCCCCCCAAAUCUCCACCAUGGGCAGACUUCUAUAACAGCCAAUGAACAGGUCAUCCUGCACCAAGAUGACCGAGGGCAGAUAAAGGUGCAGUGAGCUUGACCCGAACAGAAGACUGCUCUCCCAAGAGAGCCUUUAAACUGUUUUUUUUACAGUACAGAACCACUAGAAUUCAACAAGUGGCAUGUAUGAUACUUAUAUUUCCUUGCUGUCAUGUGGCAAGGAUGUCGUUUUCCCUGCGACAUCCAGCUCUGAAGCUCACUCUAUCGGUGGGUCGGUCUACAAAGACUGCUCGUGGGUGCAUGGUCGCAGUUACUGCGAACUUGCGCCUUUUUUGGUUUUGUUAACACCAUCAGGUGUGUCACAUCCUCCGUGUUAAACAACCACAUCAGCUUAGAUGACUUCCUGUCUAACAUAGCGCCCGGCCACAUCCUCCCACUGAUGUUAGCUAGCUGCCUUCAACCAACACGCUAGCAUUCACCUACAGAUACAAGAAUCAAGACUGAGAGAGACUUUAGACGCCACUUAUUCAUGAAUCGAUCAGUUCAAUUUGAAGACACUGUCCAUGAGACUCGGUUUCACAGCGCAGUGUAAAAUGCCACCUCUCAAUGCCGAUUUGGACAACACACCCACACACACCCACACAACCACACACACCCACCCACGCACACACAUUGGGUCUCCACCAUGACAAAGAGAAGUUUUCCCUUUGUACUCUCACAAGCCUUGUUUCACCUUCUGUUUGUGCUUGAUGUUUCAUUUAAGUGUAAUCUGACAGCCUUCUGAAGAUCAAUAGAGAAGUGAGACUAACUUGAGAAAGAGAAGUGCACUUGUGGCUAUGAAGUAGUAAACUACCCAAACACAUCAUGACGUCACGAAACUGUCUUUUCAGCUUGCAUCAAGGGGGUGAAGGAUAUGCUGGGUUUGGAUGGCGACCAAGGUUGAGGCAACUACGUCAUCACAAUCCAGGCUUAAAGGAUACUUAUGCUCCUCAUGGCCGAAAACAAAAGAAACUGCAACUUUCCACAACCUUAAGAAAGUGUUAUGCUUUCUGCAAGAGGAAGACCUUUGCCAAAUUUGUGGCAUCGAAGGAAAACCCAUGUUCCGAGGAAGCCGUUCGUCCAACAACCUGGCAUUGCUGUGGCCAAAGCUUCUAUGAACCCUCUUCAAUCCACAAGCAUGUGGCCAGGGCUCAUGAAUCUGAGAUUACACAGUUAACAGAGUCAACGUUCGAGAACUUUCUCAGCCAGACUGAGAAAGACACAUUAUCGCAACAGCAAGUAAAAGUGAAAGAGACUGUAGAUAUUUCACAGUGGAUUCCUGACACCAGCCACAUCACUGAUGACCAGCUACACAAUGGUCCAGGUGAGGUUCUCCUAUACUACUGCUAUUGCCAGCUUACCGAUCCACAUGCUAUCUGUGCCUGGCAAAAGGCCAUGUGUGAGAAACUCCACCUAACUGGCAAGGUGAGGGUGGCUACAGAGGGUAUCAAUGGAACAAUUGGUGGCACCAAAGUGGCGACCAAGUCGUACAUCAAGGCAAUGCGUUCACAUCCAGUCUUUAAGAUCAUGGAUCAGGAGGACUUCAAGACCAGCGAUGGAGGGGCAGGCUGUUUCUCUGAUCUCAGGGUGGGUGUCUACAAGGAAAUCGUCCCCAUGGGAGUGGACCCUGAGGAAGUGUCCUACAGACUGGCAGGAAUCCAUUUGGAACCGGAGGAAUUUCACAAAGAAGUGGAGGCUAUUCUGUCAAAAACGGAUACUUGCAAAGAAACAAUACUGUUAGACUGCCGAAACUUCUACGAGAGUAAAAUAGGCCACUUCAGACAUUGUGUAGCCCCCAACAUUCGCAAGUUCAGCUACUUCCCUGACUACGUUGACCAGAACAUUGACCUCUUCAGAGACAAGAAUGUGCUCAUGUACUGCACAGGGGGCAUUCGGUGUGAACGUGGGUCAGCCUAUCUUCGCUCCAAGGAGGUGUGCAAGGAGGUGUACCAGCUGAAGGGAGGGAUUCAUAAGUACCUGGAGCGCUUCCCAGAGGGGUUUUAUCGAGGGAAACUGUUUGUGUUUGACGAACGCUAUGCAAUCUCCUCUAACGGUGAUGUCAUCUCAGAGUGCAGAUACUGCGGCUCACCGUGGGACCAGUACCAGCUGUGCACCACCACCUUCUGCUGCCAGCUAGUCCUUUCCUGCCCCACCUGCAGACAGGGGGGGCUCACUUCCUGUUGUCCCACCUGCCAGAGCAAAGGCCAGGGCCAGAAGCCCUCUUCCACACCGCACCAAAGAGAGGAGUGCGAGUGCACAGACGGACGGCCUAGGAUCCCCCAGGAUGUGUUGUGAUGCGACAGUUUUACAGUUAGAAAAUACAUAUUUUUAAAUACAUAUGCUGUGCUGUGUGAGGAUUUAGAUGGCUAUGAAAGCAUGGCAGCGUUUGGUUUUAGUUAACAUGAACUUGAACCACAUUUAUUUAAUAUAAAAUAUUAGAUAAAUGUAUGAUAAAUGAGCAACUGUGUCAAUCCUUCGUGGAAAAGAUGGUACUAAACAACUGUAAUCUGUAAUCAUAAAAUUAAUUAUCUCACCUUA